AUGCGCACUACGUUGCCAAGGGAAUUUCUUGGAGGCGGCUAUGUGACAGUGGAUCGCGCGCACCUGUUCGUACCUGAAGAGGAGUUAAAACAGAAAAAUAACAAUGUCGGGUUUCGACAGCAAUCCUUUUGCCGAUCCCGUGGAGGUGAAUCCUUUCCAGGAUCCCGCAGUGACCCGGGUGACUGAGGGGAGAGAGGGCAUAGAGGAGUUCAACCCUUUCUCAAACAAAAAACAGGAUAAUGCAACUACCAUCCCUUACUCAGCUGGAUCUCAGGCCGCUGUUCUGCAGCCCACACUGGAGCCCAGUCCUCAGGCCACAGCGGCGGCUGCGCAAGCCGAGCUCCUCAAACAGCAGGAGGAGUUGGAGAGGAAAGCAGCCGAGCUCGAGCGCAAGGAGCAGGAACUGCAGAACCGAGACACUGGCAGGGGUAAAGAAAACAACUGGCCUCCGCUGCCGAGGUUUUUCCCAGUAAAGCCGUGUUUCUAUCAGGAUUUUGAAGAGGAAAUCCCGCUGGAAUACCAGAGGAUCUGCAAGAUGAUGUACUACCUCUGGAUGUAUCACUGUGUGACGCUCUUCUUGAACCUGUUGGCAUGUAUGGGCUAUUUCAUCGUGAGUCUGGAUAACGGCGUGGACUUCGGUCUCUCCAUCCUCUGGUUUGUUCUCUUCAGCCCCGCCUCUUUCGUGUGCUGGUACCGGCCGGUUUAUAAAGCCUUCAGAUCCGACAGCUCCUUCAGUUUCUUCUUCUUCUUCUUCAUCUUCGCCUUCCAAGUGGCGGUUUACAUCAUCCAGAGUGUCGGCAUCCCCAAAUGGGGAAACAGCGGUUGGAUCACCGCCAUCUCCAUGAUCAGAGUCCAACUUGCAGUCGCUGUGUUCAUGAUGGUGGUGGCCACUUUCUUCACGGUCAACGCGGCGCUCGCGGUCAUCUUACUGAAGAUGGUCCAUGCUAAGUACAGGAGAACAGGUGCGAGUUUCCAGAAGGCACAGCAGGAGUUCUCUCAGGGCGUCGUGACCAACAGAACCUUCCAGACCGCCGCGGCCACCGCCGCCUCCUCGGCCGCUCGAGGAUCCUUUCAGUAACACUCUGCCUUCUGAACUGUCCAUCCCUCACCUCUCCUCUGUGUUUAAGAUCCUCGUCUGCUUCGGUUCCUGAAGGAACGCAAUGUUCGGUUACUGAAGGAUCGUUCUGUAGGGAUACUGUAGAGGUCAGUCGUGAGAAAAGCCUGCAUCAGAUCUUAUACGUGUAUGUAUUUUUUUUAAUUAAUGCACAUGAACACUUCCUGAUUUUCUUGGUUAGAGCUUUUAAAUGAUUUAAAGAUUUUUUUCCACCACCAACGGUACCAAUUAGUGCUG